AUGACUGUGGAUAUUGUUUGGUCUGAACAUGAAUGUCAAGAUUCAGCUCAUAAGAUUUGCCUUCAAGGUACCAUUGCUCCUGAACCAGUAGUGUCUCCACCGAGUUCAGAGCAGUAUGUGACAGAGACUGAUCUACUUGCUUUCAGCACGGAACCAGUUACCCAGGGAACCCUAGAUAUAGGUACCAUUGCUCCUGAACUGGUAGUGUCUCCACCCAUUUCAGAACAGUAUGUGACAGAGACUGAUCUACUUCCUUCCAGCAGGGAACCAGUUUCCCAGGGAACUCUAGAUACAGGUACCAUUGCUCCUGAACUGGUAGUGUCUCCACCCAUUUCAGAACAGUAUGUGCCAGAGACUGAUCUACUUCCUUCCAGCAGGAAACCAGUUUCCCAGGGAACUCUAGAUACAGGCAACUCCAUAGAAUUCAACAGAACAUGGAUUGCAGCACUGAUUGUUAUAGUUGCUUUGCUUUUGUAUACACUAUUUGAACCAUCCCAGCAGAUCCCUGGUGUACGAGAUCCAACCAUCAUAAAAAAAUUCAUGGACAAUUUUGAUGCUGUAAGACAAGACUUUGGCCAGCAAGAACAGCUGCUGUGGGAAAGAAGCAAAAAGCUGCUGCUACAUCAUAUUAGAAGUACUAAGCCUACUGAGCCUGUUAUUAUUAUUUUAGCUGCUGCUCAUGAUGCCCAGAAAACUUUGUACUGUUUGACCAUGCAGGUUGCUAAGGCCUACUCUUCUGCUUUGCAUGGUGGUGCAGUAGAGAUCAAUGGUGUGGCUAAGCACACUCUUGACAGCCAUGUAGCAAAGCUUGAACUGGACAAUGAAUUAAGCUCUGGCUUUGAACAAGGUAAGAAGGCAGGUGUCAUUCACCAACUUGAGCAUCUUCCACCAGGUGCCACUCUUAUUUUUUAUAAAUUCUGUGACCAUGAAAAUGCAGCUUAUAAGGAUGUGGCCAUCUUUUUCACAGUCUUGUUGGAAGAGGAGGAGCUGAAGUCUGAUUUGAGCCUUGGGGACCUAGAGGAAAAGGUACAUCAGCUACUUCACAGAAAGUUUGCAUCCGGGCAGAAUGUGUCUGAUGAUGAAAUGGAUGCAGACAAACUAAGUGGCUUGUGGAGCAGAAUUGCACAUCUUGUGCUGCCCGUCAGACGGGAAGAGAUUGUAGAGAAAAAUGGCUGCAGCUAAAUUGUGAAAAAAGUAUGUAUGGACAAUUCUCAGUGCCUUUGCACCAGUGGCAAGGGACAAUGGUGUAAGCAGAUGGCAAAAUGUCUCUCUCCUCCUUUCACUCAUAGAGGAAAAUGUGAUACCAGAACUAAUUGAAAUUAAAAACCUGCUGUGGUAUAAUUUGUACUAAUUUUAAGAUCUUGCAGCAUUACUUUUUUCUCCACACUGGGUGAAUUUUUAAGACAUUUUUAAAUGAACUGUUAAUUAUUUAAUCACACAAAAUGGCAAAAUGCACCUCAACAUUGUGAAUUAUAGUUGGCACUGUUUUAAUUAAGGGUAAAUAUAUUUUCCUGUAGCCAAAUGACUUGAAAAUAAUGUUGAAAUUAUCUUUUUCCUUGUAUAUCUCUGAUUUUAUGGCCUGGUAGUGUUCUCCAAGCUGCGAUGUUAACUUAGACAUUUACCACUUGGAACUUUGUCACUGAAGUAGUUUGUUUUAGAUGGUAUGGAACCUGUGAUUCAGUGCCAGGUAUAUACAUUUUGUUGUGUUUCUGCAGUCAUCCACCCUUUCUUUCUGUCAACAUUGCCAGUACAGUUGUAUUCACACAUUGUGCUUAUCUAAAUGGUACCCUGCCUCAGCUACAUUCAGCAUGAUUACUAACAGUGUUAUUCGAGGUAUUACCAAAAAGUGGGCACACCUGAUCACAAAUAUCCCUAAAACGUUAAGUUGGUUUACAAGCUUAAGAAAAUUAAUCUUGUGCACCAGUUACGGAUGGAAAUGUACAAACAUACAGUUGCAGAUAUCAAAAUAAAGUGCCAGAAGUUUGUUGUUCAGAA